CGCCUCUCCUCUCUCAUGUGUGUAUAUAUCCUUCUUCAGCAGAGCGGGAAAAAGCAGCCCAGUGAACUGGCAAGUAGCGCAAACCACUAACGUCGCCGUUACAUUGUGCUUUAGGGUUUUCCGUUAAUGGAUCAAGAUCAGCAAUGGCUACUCAAUUGUUUGUCUGCCACACUCGACCCCAACCCCGAGGUUCGAUGUUUCGCCGAAGCAUCCCUCGAUCAGGCCUCUCGCCAACCAGGUUUUGGCAGUGCAUUAUCAAAAGUUACUGCAAACAAGGAGCUCGCGGUGGGACUGCGUCAGUUAGCUGCUGUCCUUAUUAAGCAGUUAGUUAAAAAGCAUUGGCAGGAGGGUGAGGACACUUUUGAACCUCCUGUUAUCUCUACUGAUGAAAAGGAAAUCAUCCGAAGAAUGCUUCUAUUGGCAUUGGAUGAUCCUCAUAGAAAAAUUUGCACGGCCAUUGGUAUGGCUGUUGCAUCCAUUGCAGUGCAUGACUGGCCAGAGUUAUGGCCAGAUUUGUUACCAUUUCUUCUAAAUUUGAUCAAUAACCAAGCCAACUUGAAUGGAGUGCAUGGCGCUAUGAGAUGCUUGACUCUUCUCUCUGCGGACUUGGAUGAUAAAAUGGUUCCAACAUUAAUACCUGCUCUCUUCCCGAGUUUGCUGACAAUUGUAUCAUCUCCCCAGAAAUAUGACACAUACAUUCGAUCAAAGGCCCUUUCUAUAAUCUAUUCUUGUACAUCUAUGCUGGGGACAAUGAGUGGUGUCUACAAGGCAGAAACAAGUUCUCUGAUAGCUCCUUUGGUUAAACCAUGGAUGGGCCAAUUCUCUUCUAUUCUAGAAAUUCCAGUUCAAUCUGAAAAUCCCGAUGAUUGGAGUAUCAAAAUGGAGGUUUUGAAGUGCUUGAAUCAGUUCAUUCAAAAUUUUUCAAGUCUCUUUAAAAGUGAAUUUGAGGUUAUACUAGGACCUCUGUGGAAUACAUUUGUCUCUUCUUUGAGAGUUUAUGAGAAAGCUGCUAUUGAAGGAACUGAAGAUUCAUAUGAUGGAAGAUAUGAUUCUGAUGGUUCAGAGAAAAGCCUUGAUUCAUUUGUUAUCCAGCUCUUUGAACUCAUGUUGACUAUUGUGGGUAAUACAAGACUGAGAAAGGUGGUUGGGGGUAAUAUCAGAGAAUUGGUGUACUAUACUAUUGCUUUUCUUCAGAUGACAGAACAGCAGGUUUAUACAUCACUGAUUAGCCUUUUGUAG